UUCGCUCGGGUCGCGCGCGCCGAGAAAAAUCCCCGCACGCUCGACGAGGCCCGGUCGUGGCAUGCCGUCACCCUAACCACCUCGACUCUCCUUCCACCAAACCAACCAACUCAUCAUCAUCAUCAUCAUCAUCAUCCCCUCGCUCUCUCUCCCGCGCGCGCGCCUACCUCCCCAAGAGAGCAGAGCAGAGGAGCCGCCUAUAUAAAUCCGCCCGCCCUUUCCUCCCCCCCAAUCUAGCACGCACACGCCACACGUGAGGGAGCCAAGCAAGGCGGAUAGACGUACACACAACCAUCAAGAUCGGAGCGAGCGGCCAUGGGGCGGUCGCCGUGCUGCGAGAAGGCGCACACGAACAAGGGCGCGUGGACGAGGGAGGAGGACGAGCGGCUGGUGGCCCACGUCCGGGCGCACGGGGAGGGGUGCUGGCGCUCGCUGCCCAGCGCCGCCGGCCUGCUGCGCUGCGGCAAGAGCUGCCGCCUCAGGUGGAUCAACUACCUCCGCCCCGACCUCAAGCGCGGCAACUUCAGCCGCGACGAGGACGAGCUCAUCGUCAAGCUCCACAGCCUCCUCGGCAACAAGUGGUCGCUCAUCGCCGCGCGCCUGCCGGGGAGGACGGACAACGAGAUCAAGAACUACUGGAACACGCACAUCCGGAGGAAGCUGCUCGGCAGGGGGAUCGACCCCGUCACGCACCGCCCCGUCACCGACGCCGCCGGCACCACCGUCUCCUUUGUCCACCCAGAGCCGCCCAAGGCGGAGCCGGUGACGGAGGAGAGCAAGCCGCCCAGGUGCCCGGACCUCAACCUGGACCUCUGCAUCAGCCUGCCGUUCCAAGAGGUUGAGGAACGGCCGCCGGCGAGAGCAUGCGCGAAGCCGGUCAAGAUGGAGCAGCUGCAGGGCGGCGGCGGCGGCCUCUGCUUCCGCUGCAGCAUCCUACGAGUGAGAGGAGCGGCGACGGAGUGCAGCUGCAGCAGCAACUUCCUGGGCCUAAGGGCCGGCAUGCUCGACUUCAGAAGCCUCGAGAUGAAAUAGAAAUUUGGGAAUAAUUAUUCCAUCAAACUUUCUGCUGUAAAUUGUUGCUCCCUCCCUCCUACCAAGUUUUUAUUUAGCUUUUAGGAAAAGAUAUACUACUCCUACUCCUAUUAGAAGGUGAGGAGGAGACUGGUAUUAUUAGGUGAUAGAGGAUUUGUAGCGAGAUCCUCUCUGCCCUCCUCGCUCUGCUCAGUUUCAUGUAAAUUAUUACUGCUCCACUGAUGAAAUGGAAUGGAAUGAAAUAAUACAGUACUGUCUAA